GUAUUCACAUCCUGCAGAGCUGCAGAGGAUGUAGUUUGGCAGCAGACUGAGGAAACUGGCAACCACAUUUUCCGAUAAUUUUAAUCAGCCUGAGUUGUACAUAUGUUACAGAAUGGGGCAGUUCAAUGUGUCUGUUCCCGACAAAACUGAAUUAACGUGGUGACAAACCAGUGGUUUGUUGAAAAUUAAAUGAUGCUGACCUAGCUCGUGGUGCUUUCCCUGCGAUAGGUUUAAAGUAGCAAAACCAGUUGAACACGUUUUGUAUGUGAUUUCACGGAAAUCUGUUCAAAUAGGUAUUUAUUUUGCUUAAUAGAGAUAUAUUUCCGUUUUGUCAUAUAAUGAAUGCAAAUAAAACUGGAGAAUCUGUACCGAAAGGAAGUGAUCACUCAAAUGCGGAGUCCAGUGAAGAUAGAAUUUUGGCUCUUGCCAAAGCUUCAGCCAAAGGCAUAUCAGAUAAAGAUAUCCAGAAUGAGAUUCCUGAUCUGCGUCCAGACCAGCGUGCUAGCAUCAUCAAUAAGUUUCUGUCAAAGGGAUAUCUUGAUUUGUUUACUCAAGGUGGCACACUUCUCUAUAAGUUGAAAGAUCCAACCGUAGCCCAGAAGGUGAAAGGUGCAGACAAUGAAGAGAAAAUUGUGUACAGUAUCAUUGAAGAGGCUGGCAACAAAGGGAUUUGGAUUCGAGACAUCAGAUUCAAGUCCAACCUGAUUCCUACACAGCUCAAUAAAUUAUUAAAAAUUUUGGAAAACAAGAAGUUAAUUAAAGCUGUCAAGUCUGUAUCUGCCAGCAAAAAGAAAGUGUACAUGCUUUAUAAUUUGGAACCAGAUCGAUCAGUAACAGGGGGAGCCUGGUACUGUGAUCAAGACUUUGAGGCUGAAUUUGUGGAUGUGCUGAAUCAGCAGUGCUACAGAUAUUUGCAGCAAAAACUGGAGGCUACCAAAGACUGCAAAGGGGGUCCUAUUGCUGCCCGAAACAUUUCAUAUGCAUCAUCCAAGGACGUGUGGAAAUAUAUAAGUGAUCUUGGAAUAAGUAAGGUCCAGUUAUCAGUAGAAGAUGUGGAAACAAUUCUGGAUACCCUUCUGUAUGAUGGCAAAGUUGAACGAACUGUAGCAACAGAUGGUGACCAUUUUUAUCGAGCUGUAGAGUCUUUACUGCCAGCACCGGGCAUUGUGCGCUUACCUUGUGGGGUUUGCCCUGUUCUACAAAACUGUAGUGAUGUUGGAUCAGUAAAUCCUAAGAAAUGUGUUUACAUGAAGGAAUGGUUGGAGUAAAAUACUAUAAUUUUAAGACAACAGAAAUCCAUAAAUGAAUGAACAAAUUAAAUAUGUCUAAUUGUGGUAAAUUCCUACAUUCACAGUAUAUCUCCUGUUUCAUAAAAAGUAAAUGCCAUAAUCUCAAAAAGGAAAAUUUAUACGAGAAAUUAAUAUACGAGAGAUAAUCAUAAUGUUCAGCAACUAAUUCUGUUAUCAACAGAUAAAGAGCAGAGUAGGCUUACUCAGCAUUUCUGAAUCAGAGAACCUGUAGAUGCAUUUUAAUGAUGCAUUGCAUAGUGAAAAGGCUAAUGUGAAGGAGCAGCUUUUCUCUUCAAAUUACAUCUGAAAUCGGAGAAGAUUUCCACAGAUAUUUUGGAGUUGCAGAGGUGUCGUAUGCUACACUGUCGGGCGACAGAGUGGAUACUCGUACUUGUGGGUUGGUCUUGAUGGAGUCGGUCAAGCGGCAAACCUUGUCCGUCGUAUUGGUGGAGAUAAAAUGCUGGAAGAUGCUUAAUUCAAGAGAGUUUAUUACACAGUAAAUAUGUACAACUGUAACAACAGCAAGUCUGCCUAAGGCUUUAGCAGUGGCCGACUCCUAACUGACAGAGUACCGUCCUAUAGACUAAACUUCGUAAUCAGAUUAGAGAGCGUUCUGGAUGGUUUGGGUCAGGGUUCUUAUAGCCCUGCCUGUGGGGUGGGGGUUGUGUGAAAGCUAUCUUGGAAGGUACAAAGUUCAUCAUAUAGGAAUGUUCUAGAACAUUCUAUUGUUAUUCCAUAUGGUGGGUUUUCCUGGACCUUGGCUUGUUUUCUCGGACUUUAACUGAUGUUUUCCAGUUUCUCUGUGAAGCAACAUACUAUUCUUAUUUGCUUCCCUUAGUUCAAAAUAAGUCUUGUUUACCCUCUGGCAGAUAACAUCGGUGAAAGUCGAGUUACAGUAUGUGACAAACCAGUGCUGUUACGUUUUCAUAAUUACCAAUAGAUAUUACAUUCGAAUUCAAUAAAAUGUUACUUAUAAACCGUAA